AUGACAGAGGUGGCGAGAUCAGUAGUUCACGAGGUUAUAGGCGAUAAAAUCACUGACGUCGAUGAACCAAUAGUCAGUUACAUCGUCAACGUCCUCGCCGACGAGGAUUUCGACUUUGGCCUCGACGGCGAAGGUGCUUUCGAUGCUCUCGGAGAUCUCCUCGUCGCCGCCGGAUGCGUCCCCGAUUUCCCUGAGUGCCGCUCCGUUUGCAGCAAACUUUCGGAUAAGUUUGGGAAGCAUGGUUUGGUGAAAGCGAAACCAACGGUGCGAAGCCUUGCAGCACCGUUUCGGAUGAAUGAGGGUUUGGAUGACGGUGAAGCUCCGAAGAAGAAACCGGAGCCGGUAGAUGGUCCGCUUUUGUCCGAACGCGAUAAGUUGAAAAUUGAAAGGAGGAAGAGGAAAGAUGAACGCCAGAGAGAGGCAAAGUACCAAUUGCAUUUGGCGGAGAUGGAAGCGGUGAGAGCAGGGAUGCCUGUUGCGUGUGUGAAGCACGAGGCUGGUGGUGGACACACUGUGAAGGAUAUUCAUAUGGAUAAUUUCACCAUCUCUGUUGGUGGUCAUGAUCUCAUUCUUGAUGGUUCUGUUACGCUCUCUUUUGGAAGACACUAUGGGCUUGUUGGUAGAAACGGGACGGGAAAAACAACUUUCUUGAGGCACAUGGCCAUGCAUGCCAUAGACGGCAUUCCCAGGAAUUGUCAAAUAUUACACGUUGAGCAAGAAGUUGUUGGUGAUGAUACAUCUGCCUUGCAGUGUGUUCUUAAUACUGACAUUGAGAGAGCCCAGCUUCUGGAGGAAGAAGCUCAUUUAAUAGCCAAACAGAGGGAAUCUGAGGACAGUACCGAAAAGGGCACUGAUGCGAACGGGGCAGUGAAAGGAGAUGCUAUUUCACAAAGGCUUGAGCAAAUAUACAAGAGGCUUGAGUUGAUUGACGCUGAUUCUGCAGAGUCACGAGCAGCGUCCAUACUUGCGGGUCUGAGUUUCUCUCCUGAGAUGCAGAAGAAGGCAACAAAAACAUUUUCUGGAGGGUGGAGGAUGCGGAUAGCUCUUGCUCGUGCAUUGUUCAUAGAACCUGAUAUGUUGCUUCUUGAUGAGCCUACGAAUCAUCUUGAUCUCCACGCCGUCUUAUGGCUUGAAUCGUACUUGGUUAAAUGGCCGAAAACAUUUAUUGUUGUUUCUCAUGCUAGAGAAUUUUUAAACACGGUGGUUACUGAUAUAAUUCACUUACAAAACCAAAAGCUAACUACAUAUAAAGGGAAUUAUGAUACUUUUGAGAGGACUAGGGAAGAACAAAUUAAAAACCAACAAAAAGCAGUAGAGGCACACGAGCGUUCAAGAGCUCAUAUGCAGUCCUUCAUUGACAAGUUCCGAUAUAAUGCCAAGAGGGCGUCCCUUGUUCAAUCUAGAAUCAAGGCUCUGGAUCGACUGGGCCAUGUAGAUGCAAUUAUUAAUGAUCCUGACUACAAGUUUGAGUUCCCCACUCCAGAUGAUAGACCAGGCGCACCAAUUAUAAGUUUCAGUGAUGCAUCAUUUGGUUAUCCUGGAGGGCCCAUUCUAUUUAGGAAUUUGAACUUUGGGAUUGAUCUUGACAGCCGUAUUGCAAUGGUUGGACCAAAUGGUAUCGGUAAAUCUACUAUACUUAAGUUAAUUGCUGGGGAACUACAGCCAAGUUCUGGGACUGUCUUCCGUUCUGCCAAGGUUCGUAUAGCAGUAUUCAGUCAGCACCAUGUUGAUGGACUUGACUUAUCCUCAAAUCCUCUUCUUUAUAUGAUGCGUUGCUAUCCUGGAGUUCCCGAGCAAAAACUUCGAGGUCACUUGGGUUCUUUUGGUGUAACUGGAAAUCUUGCACUUCAACCCAUGUACACUUUGUCAGGCGGUCAGAAAAGUAGAGUUGCCUUUGCGAAGAUAACUUUUAAGAAGCCACAUAUAAUAUUGCUUGAUGAGCCAUCCAAUCAUCUUGACUUGGAUGCUGUUGAGGCGCUGAUUCAAGGUCUUGUGUUAUUCCAAGGAGGCAUUCUCAUGGUGAGUCACGAUGAGCAUCUCAUAUCUGGAAGUGUGGAGGAGCUAUGGAUUGUAUCCGAGGGUAGAGUGGCACCAUUCCAUGGCACCUUCGCGGAGUAUAAGAGGAUAUUACACUCAUCUUAGGAAAGUGAGUCUUAAGAUUACCCUUCUAUAUAACAGGAAGAUAUAUAGAUGUCAUUUUCAUGUUGCUCAUCUUAGCCAACCAAGAUAUGAACAAACAGUUUUGUAAUUUAUCAAAAUUAUGUAUAAUCAUUUGACAGGGUAGAAGUGGUUGAAUAGUGUUAAAUGAAUUAUUUGAUAAUAACUUUAUAAAUGAAUAUAUCCUUUAAUAAAA